CUGGGGAAGACACAAUCCCAGACAUGGAGUUCAAGGAGACAGUGAGCGAGCCUUCAGCCUUUUCCAGCAAGAUCAAGAGAGCAGCCAUAACCAGCACACCACAGUGUUUAAGCAUCCUGUGACGGGGCAGUUUUCUCCAGAAAAUAGUGACUUCAUUCUUCAAGAAGAGCCAAAUCCACAUAUGUCGAAGCAAGAGAGACACCAAAGACCGUCCAGUAUGGUCAGUGAAACGUCCACAGCGGGGACCGCUUCCACCAUAGAGGCCAGGCCUGGGUCCAAGAUUAUAAAGUCCAGCAAUAAAGUCCACAGCUUUGGGAAGAGGGACCAGGCCAUUCGGAGGAACCCCAGUAUUCCAGUGGUGGUCAGGGGCUGGCUGCACAAGCAGGACAGCUCUGGGAUGAGGCUGUGGAAGAGGAGGUGGUUUGUGCUUGCUGAUUACUGCUUGUUUUACUAUAAAGACAGCAGAGAAGAAGUGGUCCUUGGGAGCAUCCCUCUGCCCAGCUAUGUGAUCUCGCCUGUGGCCCCAGAGGAUCGCAUCAGCCGCAAGUAUUCCUUUAAGGCCGUGCACACGGGGAUGCGGGCGCUCAUCUGUCACAGCUCCGCGGCGGGCUCGCAGGCCGAGCCCUCGGGCAUGAGGACAUACUACUUCAGUGCCGAAACCCUGGAGGACAUGAACGCGUGGGUCCGAGCCAUGAACCAGGCUGCACAGGUGCUGUCCCGGUCGUCACUGAAGAGGGACGUGGAGAAGGCGGAGCGGCAGGCAGUCCCCCAGGCCAAUCACACACAGUCUUGCCGUGGGUGUGGCCACGUGGGAUCUGGACACGCAAGGGAUUGUCCUCAUCAGGGCCAUGAUGGCUUCGAAAGGCGGGAGCAGGAGGAAGAGCGAUACCGUUCCCAGAGGGACCCACUGGAGGGCAAGUGGGACAGGAGCAAGGCGAGGUCUCCCUACUCGCCAGCGGAGGAGGAUGCCUUGUUUGUGGACUUGCCUGGGGGGCCGAGAGGUCAGCAGGCACAGCCCCAGCGCACAGAGAGGAAUGGCGUGCUGCCUCCUGCAUAUGGUCCAGGAGAGCAGAAUGGGACUGGCGGCUACCAGCGAGCCUUUCCUCCCAGGACCAACCCUGAAAAACACAGCGAGAAGAAGAGCAGCCUGGCCCAGGUGGAACACUGGGUGAAGGUGCAGAAGGGGGACGGCAGGAGCCUCCCCUCGGACCAGACGCUUCCUCGCCAGGGCCCUAGCCAGUCCCUGUCCUUCCCAGAAAGCUACCAGACUCUUCCCAAGAGCACCCGAUACCCCUCGGGCAGCUCCUCACCCCCGCCCCGCAACCUGCCGAGUGACUACAAGUACGCGCAGGACCGAGCCAGCCACCUGAAGAUGUCCAGCGAGGAGCGCCGGGCGCACCGGGACGGCACCGUGUGGCAGCUCUACGAGUGGCAGCAGCGCCAGCAGUUCCGGCACGGGAGCCCCACAGCGCCCAUCUCUGCAGGCUCCCCGGAGUUCAUGGAGCAGGGUCGGAGCAAGAGCAUGCUAGAGGUGCCCCGCUCCAUCUCUGUGCCUCCGUCUCCGUCUGACAUCCCGCCCCCAGGGCCCCCCAGGGCCUUCCCAGCCCGGCGGCCACACACGCCAGCCGAGAGGGUGACUGUGAAGCCCCCUGACCAGAGGAGGAGUGUGGACAUCUCACUGGGCGGUUCUCCCCGGAAGGCUCGGGGACACACCAUCAAGAACUCCUCUCAUGUGGACCGACGCUCCAUGCCCUCCCUGGGCUACAUGACCCACACUGUCAGCGCCCCCAGUUUACAUGGGAAAUCGCUGGAGGAGCUCUCGCUGCUGCUUGCCCGCCUGCGGCGGCACCAGGCCAAGCUGGCCAGCGUGCGAAAUUUCGCUGUCGGCCAGUUCCUGCAGCACCAGCUGACCUUUCCCACCUGCCAGGUGGAUGAUACCUACCUCCAGCUGAAGAAAGACCUGGAGUACCUGGACCUAAAGAUGACAGGCCGGGACCUUCUCAAGGACCGGAGUCUGAAGCCAGUGAAGAUCGCAGAGAGCGACAUUGACGUCAAACUAAGUGUCUUCUGCGAACAAGACAGGAUCCUCCAAGACUUGGAAGACAAGAUCCGAGCCCUCAAGGAGAACAAAGACCAGCUGGAGUCGGUGCUGGAGGUCCUGCACAGACAGAUGGAGCAACACCGAGACCAGCCCCAGCACUCGGAGAAGAUUGCCUACCAACAGAGGUUGCUGCAAGAAGACCUCGUGCACAUCCGGGCAGAGAUCUCCAGAGAGGCCACGGAGAUGGAGAAUGCCUGGAAUGAGUAUCUGAAGUUGGAGAGGGACGUGGAGCAGCUGAGGCAGACGCUCCAGGAGCAGCACCGAAGAGCCUUCUUUUUCCAGGAGAAAUCUCAGAUCCAGAGGGAUCUCUGGCGGAUUGAAGAUGUCAUUGCAGGCCUGAGUGCGAAUAAGGAGAACUUCAAAAUCCUGGUGGAAUCGGUCAAAAACCCAGAGAGAAAAACAGUGCCUUUGCUUCCUCCUCCGCCUGUGCCUUCUCUCUCAACUUCCGAGAGCAAGUUGUCCCUGCAGCCCAGCCCUCCCACCAGCCCGGUGCGGACCCCUCUGGAGGUUCGACUCUUCCCCCAGCUGCAAACCUAUGUGCCGUACCGACCUCACCCACCCCAGCUGAGGAAAGUGAUGUCCCCCCUCCAGUCGCCAACCAAGACGAAGGCCAAAGCUGAGGACGAGGCACCCCCGAGGCCCCCUCUCCCUGAACUCUACAGCCCUGAGGACCAGCCCCCGGCUGUGCCCCCUUUGCCCAAGGAGGCCACCAUCAUCCGACACACUUCCGUGAGGGGCCUUAAGCGGCAGUCGGACGAGAGGAAGCGAGACCGGGAGCUGGGCCAGUGUGUGAAUGGGGACUCCAGGGUGGAACUCCGCUCAUACGUCAGUGAGCCCGAGCUGGCGACCCUCACUGGGGACACUGCCCAGCCCUCCCUCGGACUGGUGGGUCAUGACAGCAGGUACCAGACGCUGCCAGGUAGAGGGCUAUCGGGAUCCACAUCCAGGCUGCAGCAGCCCUCCUGCAUCGCCCCCUACGCCACGCUCCGCAGGGCUCUGCCUGCCGAAAGCAUCAAGGCGCCCUUCCCCAGACCCAAGAGUGCGCUGGAGCGCCUGUACUCCGGGGACCAGCAGCGGGGCAAGAUGAGCGCCGAGGAGCAGCUGGAGCGCAUGAAGCGGCACCAGAAGGCCCUGGUCCGGGAGCGCCAGAGGACGCUCAGCCAGGGGGAGAGGCCAGGCCUGCCUUCCUCCCGCUACCUCAGCCAGCCUUUCCCUGGAGACCUCGGCUCAUGGAAACGCGAGCAGGACUUUGACCUACAGUUGCUGGAAUGGGCCGUGCGAGGGGAAAGGAAGGCCAAGGAGGAGAAUGGCUGGUUGAAGGUGCAGGCCGUACCUGUCACCGAGUCGGACCUGGAGCCUCAAGACUAUGAUUUGGACAUCAGCAGAGAGCUGUCCAAACCGGAGAAGGUCUCCAUCCCUGAGCGGUACGUGGAGCUGGAUCCCGAAGAGCCGCCCAGCCUGGAGGAGCUGCAGGCACGCUACCGCAAAGCCGAGAAGAUCCGCAGCAUCCUCACCCGGUCCAGCAUGUGCAACCUGCAGCCGGCAGCAAGCCAGGACCGGGACAGCGUGGCCGACCUGGACUCGCAGCUGCAGGAGCAGGAGCGCAUCAUCACCAUCUCCUACGCCCUGGCCUCCGAGGCUUCCCAGCGCAGCAAGCAGGUGGCAGCGCAGCAGCUGGCCCUCCUCCCGCCUAAAGCCCCUCUGUCCUCCAGGGCGGUACCACCUUACCCCCCCUUAAGCAACGGACUCCACUACACCUUUGUCUAACACUUCCAACUCAGGCAGUGACGGACCCGUGACGCACCGUGCGGAGGAGAAGCCGGGAGCUGGGCCAUAGAGCCAGCUUCCUCCAAGAAGACCGAAUGCGUGUUCACCUGCAGGGCCCUGACGGGAGGAACCCGAGACUGGGGGGCGUUUACCAGAGGGCUAGGUCCUACCACACCCUCCCCACACUUGUGUUACUUCAGACUCUUUUUUACAGAUGACAAAGGCACUUUUGAUAGACACUUAACUACUGACACUAUUUUAGAAUCAGAGUGUAUUUGAUAACUUUCGGCUGAAAGGGCUGAUGGCCGGUGUCCGAGGCCGUAGCUGCACAGACAGAAUCAGGUAUCACCUGGGUGGGAGGUGGGGACGGGGUCGGAGCAGAGGCCAGUCCAACAUAGGAUGAACUCAGGUAAAAGUUGGUUUUGAGAAUGUGCUUCCAGUGGAUUCCAGCAGCAGGCUCUCGGGCGUGCGGUCCAGAGAAAGAGGCCUCUUGGGCUGAGCCGACUGGGGGACCAGCUCUGCUGAUGGACAGCAUGGGGUGGCCCCAGGGCCUGGGCUGCGGGCAAUGAUGCCCUCAAAAGCCUUGGGCUCCCUGUGGCCCACGCGGUUCCCCUGGCACCGGGCUUUCUGAUGAAGGAAAAGAUUCCACUUUGAUUUGGAAAACAAAGAAAACCAAAUUUCAAAAUACAGGAAAGGUAACAGGAAGCAAAUUUUAUUGUAUCACAAGCAAUAAACUUCACAGCAGACGGCAUCUCAUGGAUGGCUGAAUGCCUUCCCUCCACAUCAGGCUGCCGUGAACAUCCUGGGCCCUUGGCUGCCUGCCCUGGAGACAGUGGGCGGCUGGGCGGCCAAGACCUGGUCCUGGUGGCAAGAGGGCUGGCCGUGUGACUGCGACCAUCCUGAUGGCACACGGAGGACGGUGACCUCCAGCCCAGGACACAGAGGGUUGCUAAGCCAGUUACAGUGUUCCUGCCCCUCGAAUUAAGUGGUGGUCUCCGAUAGUCCACGUUCAGAGAAUGUUUUAGAGGGCGCGCGCACACACACCACCCUUGGGUGGAGCCACACAUCAAUUAAAAACUUUGACUAUGCUCAGAAAAAAAGAAAAGACAUCUUGAAUAUAUUUAGAAGUUGCUGUCUAUUUUUAACUAACUCCAUAUGCUGCCAGUAUCAACUUCAUGACAUUUGCCAAAAUAAAAUUUUAUUUUUGCCUUUA